AUGGUUCUAGGUUUAAAUUUAAGUGGGACUCUCAAUUCCUUUAAAUUGCUGCUUAAUCCAAGAUUAUGUCUUCCCGAUGUCAGUGUGUCUACCUUUAACGAUCUUCCAAUUCCACUGGAUAAGAAUAUCAAAGCAGUUGUGUUGGACAAGGACAAUUGCUUUGCUAGUCCUCAUGAGUUAAAUAUUUGGCCGGAUUACAUCAAUAAAUGGGAAGAACUACGAAAAGCUUACCCAGAAGAUCAACUAUUAAUUGUUAGUAACACCGCUGGCACCGGUGAUGACAUAGGGUUUAAACAGGCCGCAAAAUUGGAAUUAAACACUAAAGUAUCGGUAUUUAGACAUGAUGUAAAGAAGCCAGGUUGUGGUGAAGAGAUUCUGGAAUACUUCUACAAACGUAAGAUCAUCAACAGCCCAAAUCAGGUCGCGAUUGUGGGUGAUCGGUUAUUUACAGACAUAAUGAUGGCUAAUAUGAUAGGAGCUCGUGGGUUUUGGAUUAAAGAUGGUGUUAAACCAACAUCUAACCCAUUAGUGCAUUUUGAACGUAAAUUAUAUGAACUUUUGAAGCAUGAGAAUUAG